AAAGAAAAUGCUAAACAGAUCAAUUUUGAUCUCAAUAAAAUGGAUAUUUAUUCUCAAUUCUAUUCCACCGCUGAUGGCUCUUACGAUGACUAUAGUUUUGCUUGUGCCUCUUGAUUUUGAGAUUGGCGAAUCUAGGAAGGUUUCAUCGGUGGCCGAUUAUUCGGUGGAUGUCGAAAAUGAGGUGGGUGAAAUCAAAGUGCAUUUGGGGAAAUCAGAGAGAGAUUGUCGAAUCUGUCAUCUGAGUUUGGAGAGUACUGGUCCUGAGUCUGGGAUUGCCAUUGAAUUGUGUUGUUCUUGUAAGGAUGACUUAGCAGCAGCUCAUACGCAUUGUGCUGAUACUUGGUUCAAGAUUAAGGGAAACAAGUGA